ACAUAUCAAAACAUAGCUAGAUUGAUAAAGUAACCAAAGUCGCGUAACGAAUUUAUCUUUGCUAACUCUAAGAGUUAGGGUGAAAGUAUGAAAUCAGUAAUUAUAUGCACUUACUAGAAAUGGCGAUAACUAUGCGUCUUCUAUUCCGUAAUAUAAACAGAGCGUUUUACUGCUCGACCUCCAAACAUAAUAUCAAUUCCAAUUCGGAGAAAACAAUAUCAAGUAAUGAUGCGAUUAAGGAUUGGAGAGUGGAGCUGUACGACACCAUGAAAGUCCUGCCGAACUUUAUCAGUGAGAAAGAGGAAGAUAUCCUGAUACAAGAGGUUGAUCCCUAUAUGAAACGACUGCGCUAUGAGUUUUCCCAUUGGGACAAUGCAAUACAUGGCUAUAGAGAAACCGAAUGGAAGAAGUGGAGCAAAGAUAGUUCUCAGAUUCUUGACAGAGUUCGUAGAAAAGCAUUCUCAUCAGAAAUGAUACAGCUUUCGCUUGUGCAUAUAUUAGACUUAGCUCCUGAAGGCUGGAUAAAGCCACAUAUUGACAGUGUUAGGUUCUGCGGAGGUAUUAUUGCAGGAUUGAGUUUGCUGAGUGACAGCGUAAUGAGAUUGGCGAUGGAAGGACAUGAAGAGGAAUGUGUCGCGUGUUUUCUAUUGCCGAGGAGAUCAUUAUACAUCAUGAGUGGCAUUGCGAGGUACAAGUACAAUCACGAAAUCCUCAAGUCUGAGGAAUCGUACUUUGAGGGACGACACGUACCAAAAGGCAGACGCAUUUCUAUAAUAUGUAGAACCGAGGCUGAUCCCAAAGUUACUUAAUCUAAUCGAUUACGUCAUCAAUUGCGUAAUCUAGAUAUCAUAGUAUAUCAAAAUAUCUCUGUAAAUAUCUAAAGUUCAAUUGUUAUAGCAGAAUCAAAUUGUUAAUAAAGUAUGUUGUUUGAAAUUAG